AUGGAGCCACCAACCCAGAUCUUCAUCUUUGGAGACCAGAAGAAUGCAUCUGAUGCCGACUUGCGCCAACUUCUGCAUGUCAACGACAAUAGUGUUUUGAGAUCCUUCUUUGAGCGUGUCAACUAUGCACUUCGUGUCGAGAUAGCACGAUUGCCCGUCAUUCAACAAGAAUGGUUUCCCCGCUAUAAUACCCUCCUUGAGCUAUUGACUGCCAGACGCCGUGGGUUUGGGGACAAUCCGGCUCUUGGGCUCGCUUUGCUUUGCAUCAACCAACUUGGCCGUACUAUAGUGAAGGAUCACGGCGAUAUCCUCACAGCUCGACCAGUUCAUGCCGUGGGACUGUGUACUGGAUCUUUUGCAGCCGCUGCCAUAAGUACCUCCCAAACAAUUGCUGAGCUUCUUCCUGCGGCUAUAGAAGCAGUCCUAGUUGCAUUUCGAACAGGCCUAGGGUCUUUUGAAGCACGCAAUGAUAUUGAACCCCGCUCCGUUGUCCCACCAAUAUGGCCGGUGAUAGUAGGCAUGCAAGAGGAACAGGCUGCUGCCAUUCUUGAUGCGUUCUUAAUGCAAAUGGUCUUUCGAAGAGUUCAAGACCUUACCCCGAGUGGCAAACCAGAACAAUCGAAGAUCGCAAUCGUUGGGUAUGGGGGAAGAUUUCCUGAUGCUGAAAGCAUAGACAAGUUCUAUUGGGAUAUCCUGCACAAGGGUCUUGAUGUCCAUCGAAAGAUUCCAGAAGACCGAUUCGACGUCGCAACGCAUUAUGACCCUACUGGCCGAAAGAAGAAUACGAGUAAGGUCCAAUAUGGCUGCUUCAUUGAGAAACCAGGCUUGUUCGAUGCUCGGUUCUUCAACAUGUCACCACGGGAAUCUGCCAAUGCCGAUCCAGGUCAGCGAUUAGCGAUCACUACUGCAUACGAAGCCCUGGAGAUGGCCGGCUUUGGACCAGACACAACUCCAUCAACCCAACGGGACCGAGUCGGCAUCUUUUAUGGCAUGACUAGUGAUGAUUAG